AUGCCUCCUCACAACCUUGCUCGAGCCGCCGCGGGGACCUCGACCCCUGGUCCAUCCUCGGCUACAGGCGAAGAAUCUGCAUCUCAUCACUCGGACGUUGUGGAUGUGGAUGACGAUGCCGAUUCCGCUUUUGAGGAUGGCGACAAUAUAUCAUACUCGUCUUUGCGAGAUGACUAUUGGGGGCCCUCCGAUGAACAACAAUUUGAAACACUCAACGCUGGUCAUGUCCUCUAUCUUGUAUUGGACAGCAAUCAACCAAACCCUCUCUUUCGAUCACCCAUCGAGGAGCCGCUGGGACAGGACCUGGCACUUGGGCCAUCCGACCAAUUUCCUGCUGCAUCCGUAUAUGGUGUUGACCUCUCUCCGCCGCCAUCCAACUGGGUCCCUCCCAACUGCUUUCUCCAGGUGGACGACGUCCUAGAAGAAUGGACGUGGAGGCAAGAUUUUGACCUGAUUCAUAUGCGUCUUAUGCUAGGUGCCUUCACAGACACUGAAUGGACGGCUGUGUACAAAAAGUGCUUCGACAAUCUACGGUCCGGAGGAUACAUCGAACAAGUCGAGUUGGACGUGCGGGUCAUGUCUGAUGAUGGCUCACUCGCCCCUGACUCGCUGUUAGCCGGAUGGGGACAGACGUUCCUCGACUGCGCGCGACGGGCAGGUCGUCCCUUGGACACGCAGUUGACGAUGAAGGCCAAGAUCGAAGCAGCCGGGUUUGUCGACGUCCAAGAACACCUGUACAAAUGUCCCAUCGGCGCAUGGCCCAAGGACCCGCUCCUCAAGGACGCUGGCCGGAUUAACCUGACACACUGGAGUUCUGGUCUGGAUGGAUGGGCCAUGAUGUUAUUGACGAGAUGGGGGGCGCCGGAACCCUGGACGGCGGAUGAAGCCAGAGUCUAUGUUGCCAGAGUGAGGGAGGAACUGAAGAAGCGCCGACUGCACAUCUGGCAUUACACAACCAACUACACAGUUCCACAGUCUCACAGUCUCUCCGAAGCAAAUCUACUUUAUCCAGCAAAUAUGUUUCCACUCAUCCUCAUGGCCACCAUGGUGGGAGCUAUCGGCCUGACGGUCUUCGGCGGGAUGCCAAAAUUCACCCACCUGAUCGGUUGA